AUGCCGGGUACUGAGGCCUUCAUCCUAAAGGUCUCUUUUAUACAAAACCUUGUAUUUUGUGUAGAAAGAGUCUACCGUGUGCCUGACUUUGGUGUCUGGGAAAGAGGAAGCAAAUAUAAUAAUGGUAGCACAGAGCUACAUUCCAGCUCUGUUGGCUUAGCAAAGGCAGCUCUAGAAGCAAUUAAUGGAUUCAACCUUUUUGGCAACCAGGGCUGUUCUUGGUCAGUUAUAUUUGUGGAUCUCGAUGCUCACAAUCGCAACAGGCAAACUUUGUGUUCACUGUUACCCAGAGAAUCAAGAUCGCAUAACACAGAUGCUGCCCUGCUCCCAUGCAUCACUUAUCCUGCAUGCCUGGAUGAUGAAGUUCUGUUCAGCCAGACACUUGAUAAAGUCAUUAGAAAAUUAAAAGGAAAAUAUGGCUUUAAGCGUUUCUUGAGAGAUGGGUAUAGAACAUCAUUGGAAGAUCCCAACAGACGCUACUACAAACCAGCUGAAAUUAAGCUAUUUGAUGGCAUCGAAUGUGAAUUUCCCAUCUUUUCCUUACAUUGAUUGACUACAAAGCUAUUGGAUUUGUGUUUAGGAUCUUUUAGAGGCAAUCCCAAACAAGUAAAGGAAUAUCAAGAUCUUUUGACUCCAGUACUUCAUCAACCAUGGAAGGAUAUCCUGUUCAUACCAAAGUACUAUUAUGUGCCAGCUGACUUUGUGAAUAAUGAGAAAAGAAAUCGUAGUCAAAAGCGGUUUCCUAGCAACUGUGGUCGUGAUGGAAAACUGUUUCUUUGGGGACAAGCCCUUUAUAUCAUCGCAAAACUCUUGGCUGAUGAGUUAAUUAGUCCUAAAGACAUUGAUCCUGUCCAGCGCUACAUUCCACUACAGAAUCAACGGAAUGUGAGCAUGAGGUACUCCAAUCAGGGUCCAUUGGAAAAUGAUUUGGUAGUUCAUGUAGCACUUGUAGCAGAAAGCCAACGCCUUCAAGUUUUUCUCAACACAUAUGGUAUUCAAACUCAAACUCCUCAACAGGUAGAACCCAUUCAGAUCUGGCCUCAGCAGGAGCUUGUGAAAGCUUAUUUUCACCUAGGAAUCAAUGAAAAGUUAGGACUCUUUGGAAGGCCAGAUAGGCCCAUUGGCUGCCUCGGUACAUCAAAGAUUUAUCGCAUUCUAGGAAAGACUGUGGUUUGUUACCCUAUCAUCUUUGACCUGAGUGAUUUCUACAUGUCUCAAGAUGUUUUAUUGCUAAUAGAUGACAUUAAGAAUGCACUACAGUUCAUUAAACAAUAUUGGAAAAUGCAUGGACGUCCACUUUUCCUUGUUCUCAUUCGGGAAGACAACAUAAGAGGUAGCCGAUUCAACCCCAUAUUAGAUAUGCUGGCAGCCUUUAAAAAAGGAAUGAUUGGAGGAGUCAAAGUUCAUGUUGAUCGUCUACAGACGUUAAUAUCUGGAGCUGUAGUAGAACAACUUGACUUUCUACGAAUCAGUGACACAGAAGAGCUUCCAGAAUUUAAGAGUUUUGAAGAACUAGAAUUUCCCAAACAUUCAAAAGUCAAACGACAAAGCAGCACCCCUGAUGCUCCUGAACUAAAACAACAACCAGAUAUCAGAAUUACUGAAUGGAAAAAUAAAUCCACCAAUGAAAUUCUUCAAAAGCUGAAUGACUGCAAUUGUCUGUCCAGCCAAACCAUCCUGUUGGGUAUACUGCUCAAAAGAGAGGGCCCCAACUUCAUCACAAUGGAAGGUACCAUUUCUGAUCACAUUGAGAGAGUCUAUAGAAGAGCUGGCAGCAAAAAGCUUUGGUCGGUUGUACGCCGUGCAGCAAGUCUUUUAAGUAAAGUAGUGGACAGCCUGGCCCCAUCCAUUACUAAUGUUUUAGUGCAGGGCAAACAGGUAACUCUGGGUGCCUUUGGGCAUGAAGAAGAGGUUAUCUCUAAUCCUUUGUCUCCAAGAGUGAUUAAGAACAUCAUCUAUUAUAAGUGUAAUAUCCAUGAUGAGAGGGAAGCAGUCAUUCAGCAAGAACUGGUCAUUCAUAUUGGCUGGAUCAUCUCCAAUAAUCCUGAGUUAUUCAGUGGCAUGCUGAAGAUACGAAUUGGGUGGAUCAUUCAUGCUAUGGAAUAUGAAUUACAGAUCCGUGGCGGAGACAAGCCAGCUGUUGACUUGUAUCAGCUAUCACCCAGUGAAGUUAAACAACUUUUGUUGGACAUUCUCCAGCCUCAACAGAGUGGAAGAUGUUGGCUGAACAGGCGUCAGAUCGAUGGGUCUUUGAAUAGAACUCCCCCUGGCUUCUAUGACCGAGUGUGGCAGAUCCUGGAGCGUACACCCAAUGGUAUCAUUGUAGCUGGGAAGCAUUUGCCACAGUGUUCUAAAACAACCACCCUGUCAGAUAUGACCAUGUAUGAGAUGAAUUUUUCUCUACUUGUUGAAGACAUGUUGGGAAAUAUUGACCAGCCAAAGUAUAGACAAAUUGUUGUGGAGUUACUAAUGGUUGUAUCCGUUGUACUGGAAAGGAACCCUGAGCGAUUUCAAGACAAAGUAGAUCUGGACAAACUGGUGAAAGAAGCAUUUCAUGAAUUUCAAAAAGAUGAGAGUCAGCUAAAGCAAAUUGAAAAAAUAGAUGACAUGACUUCCUUUUUACAACACUCCCCCCUGGGAAAAAGAGGAACAUGCAGCUAUUUGACAAAGGUUGUAAUGAUUGUGCUGGAGGGAGAAGUCAAGCCAAGCAAUGAUGACUCGUGUCUGGUUAGCUAG